AUGAAGGGAAUCAGACGCUUUGGAAAGAAAGGUAAAUUGAGCCCUAGGUUUAUUGGACCUUUUGAAAUUCUGGAGAAGGUUGGACAAGUUGCUUAUCGGUUAGCCUUACCUCCUUCCUUGUCAGCAGUGCAUAACGUGUUCCAUGUUUCCAUGCUGAGGAAGUAUGUGUCUGAUCCAAUGCACGUUCUGAGUUAUGAAAUGUUAGAGUUGCAACCCGAUCUAUCUUAUGACGAACAACCAGUGCAAAUUCUGGAUAGGAAGGAAAAAGUUUUGAGAACUAAAACUAUAUCAUUGGUUAAGGUACUCUGGAGGAAUAGUAAAGUGGAAGAAGCCACUUGGGAAUUGGAAUUCGAUAUGAGGGCUCAGCACCCUGAGUUAUUCAGGUAG